CGGGCAGUGUGGUGUCUUUGAGUUAGCGCAAUUGUUAACUGAUCCUUUGGGGAAAGCAGGGAUUCUGUUAUCUGCUGAACCUGCGAGGACUUCUUCAUUUCUUUGGACCUUUUUAUCGCGACCAUUCGGAGAUAUGAGUUCCUCCAACACUGACCAACGGCUGGACCAUCUCUUGAGCGCCGUUGAGAGCGAGUUUCAAAAGGGCAGCGAGAAAGGCGAUACCUCCGAGCGGGAUAUUAAACUUACCCUGGACGACGGAGAACUCUGGACCAAGUUUAAGGAGCUGACUAACGAAAUGAUAGUCACCAAAACUGGCAGGCGGAUGUUCCCGGUGCUCCGAGCGAACGUGUCGGGCCUCGACCCAAACGCCAUGUACUCAGUUCUUCUGGACUUCGUGGCGGCGGACAACAGCCGGUGGAAGUACGUUAACGGGGAGUGGGUGGCGGGCGGGAAGCCGGAGCCGCAGAGCCCCAGCUGCGUCUACAUCCACCCCGACUCACCCAACUUCGGAGCGCACUGGAUGAAGGCGCCGGUCUCCUUCAGCAAAGUCAAACUCUCCAAUAAACUCAACGGGGGAGGACAGAUAAUGCUGAACUCCCUGCACAAGUACGAGCCGCGCAUUCAUAUCGUCAAAGUGGGCGGAGUGCAGAAGAUGAUCAGCAGCCAGUCGUUCCCGCAGACGCAGUUCAUCGCCGUCACCGCCUACCAGAACGAGGAGAUUACAGCUCUGAAGAUCAAACACAACCCAUUCGCAAAAGCCUUCCUGGAUGCAAAAGACCGGAGUGACCACAAGGAGGCGCCAGACCAGAGCGGGGACAGCCAGCAGUCUGGAUACUCACAGAUCGGAGGCUGGUUUUUACCCAGUAACGGCUCCUUCUGCCCCAGCAGUAGCCCCUCCCAGUUCAGCAGUGGCCCCGCCCUCUCUUCAGGGUCAUACUGUGAGCGCUACUCUGGUCUAAGGAGUCACCGAGCCACGCCCUACCCCACCCACUACUCACACCGCAACACCGGCACCAACGGCUACAUGGAUAACGGCUCUCCUGGCCUGGCAGCCCAUGACAGCUGGUCCUCCUUGCAGAUCCCCAACACCAAUGGAAUGGGCACGCUCCCACACUCCACCAAUCCCAGCUCCAACAGCAGUCAGUACCCCAGCCUCUGGUCAGUGUCGGGGACGUCUCUGGGCCCCUCGGGGUCCCCGCCCGGGCCCCUGGGGAGCAGCCUGACCUCCCAGUUCCUGCGGGGCUCGUCCGUGCCCUACUCCGCCCUGCCAGGCUCCGCCCCCUCGUCAAUGUACGACAACAGCCUGACGGAGGUCAGCGCCGGUGACGCCCAGUUUGAGAGCUCCAUCGCUCGGCUCACCGCCUCCUGGACCGCGCCCGUAGCACAGACCUACUGACCCCGCCCCUCGAGCCAGACCCCACACCCAGACCUACUGAUCCCGCCCACAAUCGCCCCCCCCUCGACCCAGACCCCACACCCGGAACCCAGACCCCGUCCCCUGACCCAGACCCCACACCGGGAACCAGACCCCACACCCAGAACCAGACCCCACACUUGGAACCCAGACCCCACACCCGUAGCACAGACCUACUGACCCCACCCACAAUCGCCUCGCCCCUUGACCCAGACCCCACACCAGGAACCCAGACCCCACACCCGGAACCCAGACCCCACACCCAGAACCAGACCCCACACUUGGAACCCAGAUCCCACACCUGGAACCAGACCCAAAACUGUCCAUCCAACAUUCCACACAGGUGGGGCUUCAGUACAGAACAUUCCAUGAUGCUCCCGCCCCCCCCAGUAACACACAUGGUCAGCCUGUCCAUUCCGGUGUAACAGAAGGGCCAUGCGCAGAAAAGGAGUUUCUCUCCCUCGCUUCUUUGGGCUCAUCGCCAUAGCAACCACUGCUAAGACAGUCAGACAGGAAAUGGGUGCACCGCCCCUGAGAAGCUCCACCCCUGAAAAGCUCCGCCCCUGAAAACACUGACCCUGAAAAGACCGCUGCAAGACAACUCUUCCUAGUGAGGGCCAUUUUAUUCAUGUUAAUUAUUGUUGUUGUAAUUAAUAAAAAGAAAAAACUAUUCACUGUGCUUACAAUAAUAGUUUGAAUAUCAGGCAUAUCAGUUAAAAUUAAUCUAACUGAUGUGCUUGAUAAACUCUGUACCUACAGUCUAAGCUACAGGAGGAAGUCUGUCUCUAUGACAGCCCUGUUUAUCUCUACUGCAUCUAUUCUCCAUCUCUACUGCAUUCAUUCUCCAUCUCUACUGCAUCUAUUUUCCAUCUCUACUGCAUUCAUUCUACAUCUCUACUGAUUCAUUCUCCAUCUCUAUGACAUUCAUUCUCCAUCUCUCUCCAUCUCUACUGCAUCCAUUCUCCAUCUCUACUGCAUUCAUUCUCCAUCUCUAUUGCAUUCAUUCUCCAUCUCUACUGCAUUCAUUCUCUGUGCCCUGUGGGGAGAAAACCUGUAAAUAUUUGUUGUUUGUAUUUGCUGGACGCUUUAUUUAUGUAAUUUUAAAAGUAAAUUAAAGUUUUUUUUUCUUUUUUCAAA